UCAAAACAAUGUGAGCACGUUGGAGACCUUGUUGUUAUUUUAACCAUCAAUUUGGCAAUCAAAACAUCUUCAGUUUUGGGGGGGGGGAUGAAGGACGAGAGUGAAAUUUGGGAGGAACUCUCCAACAUCCCGGCUGAUCCGCCGGAAAUGCGUGACAAGUGUCUCCAGUGCAGGAGACCGGCAGGUGUGUGUUGGUGUCCAGGUUUGCCCACGACACCGCUCAAGUGUUCCUCGAGAAUAGUUGUUCUCCAGCAUCCUGCUGAGGUUAAGAGAUGCUUGAGAACUGCUCCCAUGCUUACUUUGGCACUUGAGGCUGGAAAGUGUAUCACGUAUAGAGGUAAAAAAUUUCCUUCUGCAAAACACGAGGGUUUGAUGGAAAUUCUAAAUGACCCGGAUACUCUUUUGUUGUAUCCAUCUCCUAAUGCAGUACCAUUGAAUGAAUUCACUCCUGUUGGAACAGAUGGUCAGAAGCCUUACAAUUUAGUUCUGCUGGAUGGAACUUGGCCUCAAGCUAAGGCAAUGUAUACUGCUAGUCCUGCUCUAAGUAAGUUAAAGUCAUGCAAACUUGUUAAUGUUUCAACUAGUGAGUAUGUAAUUAGGACACAACCUACAGAAGGCUGUCUUUCGACUCUGGAGAGUGGUGCCCUGGCCCUUUCAAUACUUGAAAACAAGCCAUGGUUAAAAGAUGGAAUGCUUGGACCACUUCACUACCUUUGCAAAUUUCAAUUAGAAAAUGGUGCAGUGACACAUCAGAGCAAAGAAUUUUUAAUCAAACAAAAAGCAUAUCCAAAACUGAUUGGAAAAAGACUGGCCAAACAAUUGAGGACAUUACCUGAUACUACUUUUUGAAAAUGUUGAAACAGUAAUUAAGUUAAUGUAAAUAAUGAGUUUUGUUUUAAAAGAUUG